CCGUUGUUUUAGAAUCUUUUAAACGUGAUAUUCGUCAUCAGGAGCUCAAGUUGUACUAGUCCUGUUACUCUCGAACAAUCCGGAUAAAGUCGGUGUAAAGCCUGGUACGCUCUCGAAAGAAUCACCCAUGUCUCUCAAAGCUUUCCUUAGGAAUAUAAGUAUCGCCGCGAAUGAACUAGUCUGAAACAGUCUGAUCGCGUGACAUCACUCUUCUGCAUUUUGGUGAACCAACAUUUCCGUGAAUUUUUUAUAAUAUGAAUUUAUGUAUUCUGUCAGGACAGACACACUUUCAAGGCUACUUAUCAAUGUGCGGAGGGUGAAAGGAUCUCGAAUAGGGAUGACAGUAGUGUGAGAGUGAGCGCAAAAAGUUGUUUGAUACUAAGGAUGUUUGUGUGAUGUAGUAUCAAACAAGUUACCGGGGAUUCGUAUGUACUCAAAAAAUGUAGUCCAGUCCAUUAGAUAGAGUAAAUAGUCCAAUGAACUUUGUAAACUUUUGUAUGCUCUGAGAGUAGUCCAUUAGUACCAUGACCAUUGUCAACAAACAUUUUAUUGUUGCCAAUUUCUAUUUCCUCGUGGUCUAUUGUUACAAAUAGCUUUAGCGUCCCUUCGUUUCUGCUAUCACGCCAUGUGUUCCUAGGUCAGCUCCACGAGUACUAUUUUAACACCUUCGUUCACCGUCGUUAAAUGAUAUCCAUACACCAAGAUAUUCAAUCACAAAAAAUAAAACUACAGUACCUCUUAAGCUAAUACACACAAAAGUGUUAAAACCUGCUCGUGAGAAACACAUCUGUACCCAGUUGAGAGAACUGAACGAUUCAAUAAAACGUUACCAACUUGUUCUGGAUUUAUAAUUGAGUCCACCUAGAUUUUUUUUCGAAUCCAGACCAGUCAGAGUCCGAGUCCAUGAACUCAAAAACUUUUCAAUCCAGUCCAUGUGAACUAGACUCGACUGGACUAUGGACUCAAGUCCAUACGGAGCUCUGCUAAUGAGAUUACAUUUGAAAUAAUGACACAAGAGAGGAAAAAAAUAAUAUUAACACAAAUAAUUUUUCGUUCAUAUCCAAUUGUAUACUCACAUCAUUAGUUUAAUGUAUAUUUAUUAGUCAGCUGAAAUAAGCAUCAUAGAUAGUCAAGAAUCGCAAAGCAUUGUACUUGGUUAUCUGAAGAAACGCAACAUAGAUAAAUGGAAAUAGCCAUAAAAUAAAAAGCUAUUUUCCUUGUUUUAAAAAAAAGAAAAGGAAAAAUAAAACACUUUACUUAAAGGUUUUUAAAGAAUAGAUUUUUUAAUAACAGUACUAAAUAAUUAGAAAAUAAGUUGUAAAAUUUCGUUAAAGACAAUGUUUUUCGUUGUAUUGGAAUCGCAUGAAUUACUUUUAUGAGAUACCCUCUUGAAUUUUAUAGAGGAAAGAGAAUGUACACGUGAAAAUGCAACAUAAAGUUAACCGUGUGUGAACACUGAUUGAGGCAGUAAUAAUUCAACUCUGUCAUAUGUCCUUCUAACUUACUUAUUGUCAUUGCAAAUGCAAUCAAAUUGGAUACUGGUGUUGCUAGAAUGCUCAUCAUAAACGUCCCCUAUCCACUUGUGGCGCUCUCUAUCAAUUCUCACACUUUUACACUGAAUUAUGGCGUCCUCUUUUCAUAGAUCACAUAGACCGUAAGUCUAAAGGACUGAUACAUUUAGGAAACUUUUAUAUAGAUCAUAAUGUAUUGCACUUAAUGAAGAGGGCCAAAACUGGAUAGAGGCAUUUUGCAAACCUAUCUAGUUUUUUCUGGGAAAAGAUGUAGCCGACUUUUAUACAUCACUCGAACCGCUGACAGCUUUAGCUUUAAAAGUAUGACGCAAAUUUUUCAAAAUUUUGCUUCGUUGUUGAAAAAUUUCAUUUUUUUUAAAAUACAUUGGUUCGUUCCAAAUUCAGGCAAGUGUCUUCUCCAUAAAGUUUUCAAUUAUUAGUCCAAAAACUGAAAAAUUGGCUUCAGACUUAAAAAGUAUCAUAGAAAGCCAUGGAAUCAUUUUCAAGGUCUUCAGAGGUUCUUCAGAAAACUGGUUUUCUAGAGAGCGCCUGAUAAACGUCUUUCACCAAAAACUAUCUGCAAUAAUAGAGAAACGACUUUGCAUCAAAAUCAGAUCUUCCUGCGCGAGUUGUUAGGUAUUAAAUGCGGCACUGCAUACUCUCGGAUUCAAACGGGAGAAGAAGAAGAGUUCAGGAGAAGAAAUUUUAAAGAAAUUUAUAAUUUGUUUAUUAAUUGUUUAGUAUUGUUUAUUAAAAAGUCUAUUAAGUCGCUCUACAGAGUAGAAGACGAGUCCCGUGAUUAUAAUUUACCUGAACAUUAUACAAGGCCCACUUUGUUCAUGUGCAUCAAUUUCUGUUUUCUAUAGCACGAAAAUACUUGAUCGCAAUACAAACGCAUCUCCAAACUUAUAAUUUGCGGAACAAAACAGAAGCCCACUGAGCUUCUGUUCUGUAGGGAGGUUUAUUUAAAAACCUUUAAGCAUUUGAAAGUCUUUCCGUGUCAUUAUGCACGCAUCCUGCUAGUCAUAUUAUACUUGAACAGCAUCAAGAAUAGGUUUUCUCGACUCCAUUCUAACUGCAGAAUCCUCCAUAAUAGCUUCGGAAGUUAAAAAGAACCAGAACGCCGAGAAUUUGGCAAUUUUUAAAAAUGAAGCAGUUUUUUGAACUAAUGGGCUAUCUGAAAACGUUGAAAGCUUUUCGGUUGGCAUGCACCGGGCGAGAACAUCUCGAAAUUCCCAUGUGGGGAAUCCCGAAAGUCAGGAAUCUCGAACUCGGCAAUCCCAAUAUUCCGGUCGAUGAUAAAAUUUUGUUCUGGAGUUUCAGUUUUGAAUGUAUUAAAAACCUAUCAGGCGCAAAAUCUAUAAGUAAUAAUAACUUCGCGACUAACCUAUGCAUGCACCGGGUCGGGAAGGUCAUUACACCUUUCUCAUUAUUCUCACGACACGGCGGCAAGCGACAGAAAAUUUAAAAUUCGAAAUCCCGAGUUUCGAGAUUCUCCAAUUUCGGGAUUCCCGACCCGGUGCAUGCCUAUUUCCGGAUAAAAGUCAUUCCAAAAAAAUUAAAAAACACAUGUUCUUGAUCAGCUUGAUGGGCUCUAUCCAACCAUGUGUUGAAAAACGAAAAAUAAAGUUUGCAUUUUUGGCACCUCAGAACGUAUAAUAACUACUGUUAUUAUAUACCAUUUUGUUCAAAAGUUGUUCGAAAAAACACCAGAAAUACCGUAAUUUUAAAAGAACAGUAGUACACGACCCAACACUCCCUUAUUUUGAAACUUAGUUUCUAUGGACAAAAGAAAGAGCGUAACGUUGUGACAAAAAGAUGUGCAUCUUUAAGGGGAUGGGGGGACUUUUUACAAAUUUUGUCAGAACGAAUGAUAAAAAGCUUUUCUCUGGAAGCCAUUUUGUAGUUUAAUCCAUCGGCUAUCCGAUCGUAAAAAAGUUAUUCUCAAUUCAAUUCUGCAAGCCCAGAAUAAUAAUUUUACUUUUGUAACGCUGUUGUUCAGAAAUUUUUCUACUUAUUGGCUAUAUGGCUCUAUUGUCAAAGUAAACAUCACAAAACUCGAAUUUUCACAUCUAUGUAGGGUUUGUCAUAGAUGGAAGACAUUUCAGUGUAGCAAUAACGUAAAAAAUCGUUUUCAAGUUUUUGAAAACCUUUCCAAAAAAAUGCCUGUUGUUCGAGGGUGAAAAACAUAAAAUGCUUAUCCCAUUUAUUAGAAGCGUUUGAAUUCUAAAUAAAUUUAGCCAUCUUGUAGAGAAUUUAAUUCUCUAUUGACUGGUGUGAUUUUUAAAUUUUCUCAAAUAACUAUUUGGGUCAUGAAACUAAAAUUACAAAUUUUACAAAUUUUAAUGUCGAAUUUUUAUUUUUAUUUUUUAAAAAUGUCAUAUCCGUAAUCAGCGUGGAAAAUGUGAUUUACUCGUGACAGUUCUACGAUGAAAAACAUUUUUCAAACACUUAAUCAGGGAGAUGUCGCGUUACUGUAGAUGUUAUUGCAUAAUUGUUACUUUUAUUUUUUAUUUUUCUUCUUCCAAGUGUAAUAGCUGGCACAAAUCUGAAUACUGAUUUGAAUCCGGAGAUUUUUCUGCCAAAUGAGGUAAAUAUCGAGAUUUUAUAAAAAGCACUUGAUAAUAGGGUUUCUGGAAAACUGGAAUCCUAGAAAACAGAGUGCUUGGAUUUUAACAAACAAAACUUGCUAAUGUUAUCGAAUAAAGUAUUGUGAGCAAAAUAAGAUGUCUCUCAUCUAUCUGUGAAGAUUUUUCUCGACUGCGGUCGAUUUAUCAAGGCCACAAAGGUUCAAAAUCAGUAAAUUCUACGGGAAAACAGUCAUAUGUCUUGGUGGCCUCUCAUAUAUGGACCGAAGUUCAAUGAAAAAACGUCACCGAUAGAUGAAAGACACCUUAUUUUGCUUAGAAUACUUUAUUCUAUAAGAUGGUAUGGCCUGCAAAUGUUUUUUAUUAAAAUCCAAACACUCUGUUUUCUAGGGUUUCAGUUUUCCAGAAACCCUAUUAUCAAGUGCCUUUAUAAAAUCUCGUUAUUUACCUCAUUUGGUAGAAAAAUCUCCGGAUUCAAAUCAGUAUUCAGAUUUGUUCCAUCUUUUGCCUGAAAGAAGAAAAAUAAAAAAUAAAGGGAAUGCUAUAAUUAUGGAACACCCUGUCGGUUCGCCCAAUAUCGCCCAUAAGUUGUGUUUGAUUAGGAGACUUGGAUUCUCAAAAAUUUGCUGAAAUAUGAGGCUAGCGUCUGAUAGAGGUGAAAUUUUCAUCAUAAGUACUUCAGCCUUUAUCCUAGGUUCUAAAUUCUUCUAAGUACUGUCAGUUUCACUCUACGGGAAACCACUUCAACUGUCCGAUCGUUGUUUUCACGAAAUCUAGUGGACAAUAAGUAAUCGAGUGUGCUAAAUUCGAAUAUCAUAGUGGUUUGAGUGUCUAGGCCUCCAGAGACCGGUUUUCUGGAACACCAGUUUUUCAGAAACACUAAAAAAUAAACAAAACCUUUCUUAAUGAGGCACAAUUGUAGACCGCAUAUUUCUGAUUAAAAUGAGACAUCUCCCAGCUCUACAUGGCCUUUCUUUGCAAAGUUAUAGAAUUUACAAGGACAGCCGCAAAGCUACAGAAAUUAGAAGAAAAUAAUUUAGAGCUUGUCUUGUAAACUCUAUAACUUUGCAAAGAAAGACCAUGUAGAGCUGGGAGAUGUCUCAUUUUAAUCAGAAAUGUGCGGUCUACAAUCAUGCCUCAUUAAGAAACGUUUAGGACUUCUACGCUUCCAAUAGAGUCAAAAAAGAGAUGCAGAACUCUAAGCAAUCUGUCUGAGAAUAGAUUUUUAUUUAACGACUUUCUGAAAAGCUGAUUUUAUUUAAUUUAGCACUCACCAUCAUCGUCAUCAGUUCAAUCUCAGCAUGUUCCACAUGCUUUCAAUAAUAAUCAUAAUCGCAUAACGCAUUCAAAAAGUUCUCUACCAUUGUUUACGUUAGGCGGAAGUUAUAAAAAGGAACAGAAUUUAACUCUUUCAAGCAAUAGUACAACCGAUGAUAAUGAUAUGAGAACGACAAUUCAACAAUUAAUAACCGAAACGGACGAAGAAAAACCUGAUAAUGAAUCAAUACAAGACAAGGCUAGUAUCAAGAAUUAUCAUGUGAUUAAUAAAGAAGAAGAAAUUAGUCCAUCUGAUGAUAUGGAGUUCGAACAAUGGGAUGAUGAAGAAAUUCGACGAUAUUUUGCUGAAGGUUUUAAUGAUACAUCCAAUGGUAUCGCAUGUAAAAUAUUAUCACUUGUUUAUGGUCUAUUAUUUAGUCUAUUUGGUAUAACAUUAUCCGUUUCAUAUGCUGUUAAAGGACACAAAUUAAUCGAAUUAGUUGAAAAUGGAUUUUUUAUAUAUUUAUAUUUAUUAUCAAUAUUAUGGAUAUGUUUUUGUUUAUGGGAUAUUCGAAGUUGGAAAAUGAAACUACGUGUUGUCAAAGAAUAUACAAAAGAACGCUCCUCAUCAAUAAAUUCGUUGGAUGGUAAUAUUGCUGGAGGAUACUAUCAUAAUGAUAAAUUUGGAUCAGGUAUACACAUAAUUCAUUUUACUCCUGUGUAG